GAUUCUAAAGAAAUUACAGAUUAAGAAUACCACCAGAGGGGCUCAGGGUGUAGGUUCACUGUGGAUUAGGGCUAUACGCAUUUGUUAAGUAAUCGGAUUACAAAUCUGGCCAAUUUAAAUAAAAAUUAGCCUUACAAUCCGACAGUGUGCGACGUUGCAUCCCCUCAUAUCUGUGAGUACAGAGAAAAGCAGAAUCCGGAGAUGCUUCCGUGACGCUGCCUUGGAUGUUUACCCAUCCAAUGGAAUCGUAGAGAAAUGAAGACCAGCUUUGAUUCCCUUUUCAGUAUAGCCUUCGUUAAUCACUCCGUGCUUCAUUAUUAGCCAUGGUUUUGUUGCGGAGCUUCGCGCAGCUGACAAUGCUGCUCCUCCGGAGCGGAUGGUGGGGAGUCGCGCCGAGCCCCACCGAUGAAGGAGCACUCCGGACCGGCCACGGGGAGCACGGAGAGCCCGGCCAUCAGGAGGCUCAUAAGGACUCGUACAGCACAUUCGCUUCCGAGUUCCUGGAGUCCAGAUAUUUGUCUGAUGAAGGUUAUCCAUUCCCCACAGCCCCACCAGUCGAUCCUUUUGCCAAGAUCAAAGUCAGCGACUGCGGAGUAACCAAAGGCUGCAUAAGGUAUGGGAAACCAGGAUGCGAUGCAGAGUCAUGUGACUACUUUCUGAGCUAUCGUCGCAUUGGCACAGAUGUAGAGUUUGAGAUGAGUGCGGACACAGACGGCUGGGUGGCUGUGGGUUUCUCCUCCGACAAAAAAAUGGGAGGAGAUGAUGUAAUGGGGUGUGUUCACGAUGAUAACGGACGUGUGAGGAUCCACCAUUUCUACAAUGUCGGCCAGUGGGCCAAGGAGAUCAAGAGGAACCCGGCUCGGGAUGAAGAAGGAAUCUUCGAGAACAACCGGGUUACCUGCCGUUUCAAGCGACCAUUAUACGUCCCAAGAGAGGAGACGCUGGUGGAUUUACAUCUAUCAUGGUAUUACCUGUUCGCAUGGGGACCUGCUAUUCAAGGUUCCAUCACAAGACAUGACAUCGACAGUCCUCCAGUCAGUGACCGCAUGAUCAGCAUCUAUAAGUAUGAAGACAUCUUUAUGCCGUCCACAGCCUAUCAGACCUUCAACUCUCCAAUCUGUUUACUGCUCAUCGUCGCUCUUACCUUUUAUUUGCUCAUGGGAACGCCAUAAAUAAGCACAGCCAAUCACACUGUAGAGGAGGGAGUGAAGAGAUGAUCAUGUAGCAAUAAAAAUAAGCUGGUUGCCACAAUGACAUAUGCACCUUGAACAGAUUAAGACUAUUUUAGACAUAGUAAACAUUAGACAGUAUAUGAGGAUUGCUCAUCUUGAAAAAUGAAUAAACAACUGCUAUAGAGGAUAAAUGUACUUCAGAUAUGUAAUCAGAGUUUUAACCGUCUUUUUGAACAUUCACGACAGCAUCUUUGGAUUUGGAAGACAGUGUUUACACUUACCACUGAAUAAACUGGGAGCCAUUUCAGAACCCCACUGUUGGCUGGCGACUCGAGAGAACAUUUCCUGGAAAGCAAAGACUAAAGAAAAAUGACAUGAAAGAGCUUUCCUGCAGUGUUCAUGUGGAUAUGAGCCAACAUAUCUUCCUCAGCUAUGGCCAAUGCUUAUUUAUGAGGUGGAAAAAAAAUAUUCAAAGGAAUAUUUUACAGAACUUGGUUUCUCACUCAUGUUGUUUUAACCUUUUAAAUCUGAAUUAAAAAUCUUUGAAAAUGUUAAAAGGUCUAAAAUAAUCUGUUACUACAACAAGGAACCUUUAAAGUACAGAGAAGUAUGUUCAAGUAUAAAAUGAAAAUACAAACCUU